AUGGUCAACCAGUGGCCCAUUUACGUAAGUGGUUGCAUGCUGUCGAAGAGUCUAGUACCAGCAAAUACCCAAAUCAUAGACAGGAUAAAUCGGCGUGAGCAGCUUUUUAGUGGAUUAUAUGCGAGCUGCUUCGCAUUAGCUGUUGCAUCGGCCUGUCUGCUGCCAUUGAUACAAGCAUUGAUGUCCGCUCCAAGCUCAGGCCAGCCGGAGUUGCCAUUUCCGAGCGAGUUUCCGUGGGAUAAUCGCAUUGCACGCAACUAUUUGGCAUCGUAUGUGUGGAAUGCUUCAGCCGGUGUGGGCGUCAUACUGUUUGCUGUGAGCAUGGAUACAGUUUUCUGCUCGCUGACCUGCAACUUGUGUGCGCUGUUCGAAAUAGCGCAGAGCCAAAUGAAACGAUUUCGAGGCGUAACUUUGUCGGAGACCCAGACGAAUUUGCGAAACAUUUUAAUACUUUACCAAAAGUCUCUAGAGAUGUCGCUGACAUUGAAUCGCCUGCUCCGGCCUCUGAUCAACAUGCAGUUCCUGCUGGCCUCGCUGCAUCUGUGCGUGCUAAGCUAUCAGCUGUCUGAAAAGCUGGCCAACCUGGAGGUCCUCCAUUAUGCUGCAUUCACCAGCUCCGUUCUGACCCUGUCAGUGCGGCAACCCCUGAGGCUGACGAUGAUGCGAGCCCAGCGUGGCUGUCGCAUCGAUGGUCAUUUUUUCAAAGCAAGCAUGGAGAUAUUCAUGGCAAUUAUCAAAACAGCCAUGUCUUACGUCACGUUACUAAGCUCACCCUCUGAAUGA